UCUGGACCCGCCCUCCUGUGAAACUUCACGUCCUCUGCAUUGCUCAUUUAGGUGUAACAAUGUUCAUCAGUUUCACAUUUACAAGACACUCCACAGCUGCAGCACUCACACAGCACUCUAUUACCAGCUACUUUUUCUUUUCUUUUUACUUUUCUGUUCUUACUAUGAUGCUAAGGGAUCACGCACAUGGGUGGUCUCUUUUAUUCCUUGCCGCUGUUAUUUCAGAUGUCCACCUCCAGAGAAAUGACCACUCUGUCCCGCCUGCCUCUGAGUUCACCUCUGAGGUGCAGAUCUACCGACCAGUGAUGCACCCCUCUGAGGCCGUUCCUCCAAUAGGGACCUACACGCUGAAAAACCUUGUUGGGAAACCUUGUAUCAAAGCCACCAUGGGAGCAGAGUACAUUGUCAUUGAAAAGAAGAAGACUUGGUAUUUCAACCUGGACCCCUCCAGAGUCACAGCCGGUGGUUACUGUGGCAAAGAAGCUGCUGUUCUCUCUCUCACGCUGCCAGACAACACCGCCAGUCUGCAGUUCACCUUCAAAAAGGAAGAGAAUAUUUUCUACGUCGACAAAGUGACUGUUCACGUGUCUCCUCUGCCUGUCUGCCAAGGAUGUGCCAAUAAGACUUACUCAGGUUUGGUGGUAGAUGACAAGCUGUUCGCAGCAGCUACUGGACAGAGCUUCAAGUGCAAAUCUGAGAAUCUGCUUUUGAUGUCAUCGGAGCUGAGGAUCAAGUUGGUUCGUCUGCAGAUGCAGGCCUUUAAUCUGACCCGAGGACAGUACGGAAAAGGGGUGGAGUGUUGGGCCGACUUUAGCAAGCGAGCUAUCCCCAUCAUAGUGGGGGCCACAGUGGUGGGUCUCUUUCUGAUCGCUGUGCUGACCUUCCUGUUCAUCAGAGACCGCCACCGCAGAGAAGGAUAUGACAGCCUCUGAAAACUGGGUGAAGAUUACAAUUUAAUUGUAAAUAUAUUUAGGCCUACUUAGUGUUACAAAAAGUUCUUAAAAUUGCUCUCCUUAUCUUGAAUAUCUUUUUCAGUUUUUGCUCCUGGAAUUCUUUUAAUAAUAGAGAAGAGGUCUGAUAUGUCUAUUAGUAUAACUAUAAAUGCAAACAAUGUUAUUACUUUUAUUCAUUUGACUAUUCUUUCUUUCUUUGUUUUUAAAUAUAUUAUGUUCUAUCUUCCAUUCUCUUGUAUUUGAAUUAUAUUUUGCAUUUCCUUUCACUUUCAUUCUGCUUUCAGUGAUAACUUUUGUUCACUGCUGCUUAUUAAAUAGGCCUGCUCUCAAGAAGUUGGCUUACAAUUAGUCAUAGAGGGCUUAAUUACAUUAGCAAUAUAAACGAACCAGACUAUUGAUUCCUCAUAAAAUAACUCUUGGACCUUAAUGGCAGAUAAACUGCAGAAUAAACAUCCCAAUUAAAGAGUUCAGGUUUUGCAACCUAAUCAACAUUUAUAUAUCCGUUGUGGACAUUCUUUGAUUAAAAUGUUCAGUUUUCAACAGAAAAGGCCAUAUAGUAUACUUGUUUAUAGCCCACUUGCUUACUUUUUUCAACUAAAUUCUGUUUCAUUUUUUCUUUAUUGCUGUACAAUUAAUUUGCAUUGUAAUGAGUUUUAUUGUACUAUUGUGUGAUUUUCUUUGUUACCUGUAAUUUACUGUUUGACACAAAGACUGUAAGAAAAUUAAAAUAA